UUUACGUAAAAGCCGUGCGAUGUAACGUGGUCUGAGAAUUUGUCUCGGCGUUUGUUCACCGGAAUUGCAUUCACUGUAAAAAGUCUUUACAAGUUGCUAGAUGGCUCAAUGUUGGUUCUUCGAAAUGAUAAUAAAUAUGUCGCGCUGCUGCUAUCUUCAGCUUUACAUAGGCACCGCCCCGUACUCUUCGAAACAGUUCCAAGAUGGCGCUCUUUGGGUGUUUGUUGUAUGCAAUUCGCUCGUGAUUUUGAAAAAAGUACGCCCCUAGAGCUUCUGAAAACAGUAACUAGUGUCAAUUUCGUGUUAUUAUAACUCUACUGAUUCGAGGCAGUGACUGUGUUAUUGAUUCGACUUCGCCGUUACCGCAGAGCUGGACCGCUAAGUGCAGAGCGUUAGGGCUACUAAAUGCCGAAUUUUCGCCAAGAUUCAAGUUUAGAUUGAGCGCUAAAUGAAUUGCGACCCCGACAUAACCAGGCAUCCGAUGCGGAAUCUUAAUGCUUGGGGUCAAUAAAAUACCGUAUAUGAACUCGUGACGUCCAUCCUUAUACAGUCAAUGGGUUGUUACAGCUUGCUUAGCAGGGGUCAGCUAGUUGAUCGGCUUCGCGUUUGUAGUAAUUAAGUGGACAUUUAUCUGAUCAGCUGAAAUGGAAGAAAAGGUCGACUCUCAGGAGAUGGAGUUCGAGACCGUCCAGCUGGAACAGCUGGGUCUGUCUGCCGAGCCUGAGGGGGCAGAGGGUACUCACAUUCUCGUGCAGGAGGAGUCAGCGGGGGAUCAGCUAGCAGCAGAAGGCGAUCUAAUUCGUUGUACUCAAUGCGAGCGAUCAUAUAAAAGUCGUGAUGGACUGAGGUCUCAUAUGCGGAAAGCACAUCGAAAUAAUACAACUCAACAAAAAGCUUCCCUGGACCAGGUCUGUUUAGAGGUUGACUGUAAUGCCGCGUUUCAUUCAAAAGCUGAUCUAUGUUCACAUCUGGAAAACGUGCACAAUAUUCAGCUCGAUCAGCUGUCGACAUUGUUCCCCAGUAUUCCGCGAUUCUACGCUUGGAUGGAGGAGUACCAGGAGACGACCGGAACACGCUUUGUGCGCACUUGUGGGAGUAAACAGUUUGCCCGUACAGGCACCCGAAUGCAGUUUAUGUGCCAUCGCAGUGGCAAGUGCCGAGGCAAGAACACCAUGUUGAGGUUGCGUAAAGAACGCGCUCACGGCCCUGUCAAGCUUGGCAUCCAAUGUGUACUGCAUUUACGCGUUCUGGAGCGCCCUAAUGGUUCAGUCGAAGUUGAGGGCUGUGUAUCUCAUUACGGCCACACUGUCGAAGAGCAAUUUAUGUCUUUGCUCCCGUCACAUCGGUGCCGCAUUGCUCGCUUCAUUCACCUCGGUCAGCCAGCGCAUAAAGUCGCUGAACUUCUGAAGCAGUUGACGUAUUCAGCGUCGCCAUUGGCGCGGCUUUCCUCCGCCGACGUACGCAAUAUAGAGCAAUGCUUUGGUAAGCAGUUUACCGAAAGUGUUGCUGUCAGCAUGUUUGCUGAAGUCGGUCGUAUACUCGAAAACUCUCCUAAUAUGGUGCUCGUCCAUAAGCCAAGUGAAGCCGAGGUGGAAGGUCUUGAUCCGGCGGAGUUCUACGCCGUCAUCCUAACACCACAACAACUCGAGAUGUUCCAAAGGUACUCAGCACGCAUCGCUGCCGUGUGCGCGGACGCUGUUCAGCAGUUUAGCUUCAGUAUUGUCACAUUGAACUGUUAUGUUCGUGCUGGCGAAGAUGGUCCGCUCGUUUUCCCGCUUGCUUGGUUUAUCACAAGUUCAUCCGAGCCCCAGCUUUACAUCCAGACAUUUUACUAUGCUGUCGUAGGACACACCGGCAAAUUCAACUGCGAUAUGUUUUUCUCGGAUGACCACGACGAGUACUUUGUGAAUUUUUUGCACACGUUUGGCCGGGGUAAGGUGCCAAAAAAGCAAGUCAAUCUUUGGCAGAUGAGACACACCUUAGAGUUAGCUCUAGUCCAACACGUAGCGGAACCUUCUAAGGCGCUAACGGUUAGCAGUUGCUUUGAUGGUCUAUUUAAAUCGCCGAUAACAGUGGAAGAGUUCUCGAGAAAUCUUGCUCGACUGCAGGACGUUCUCGUUACCGAAAAUAUCCCGCGGCCGUUCGUUGACCUGUUUGAUACGGUAUUCGUCAAUAGGAGCCUUCUAUGGGCACCAUGCUAUAUGGGCGGCGACUGCGCAACUAUAUAUCGUGAGUUUGAGCAGGAACACACAACAAUGACUCUCUAUCUUGACCACAUGCUCAUGAACCGCUGGGGAAGUAAAAUAGUUGAUGGGCUUAUCUCAUAUAAUUCCCCGUAUAACAUUAGCUCACGAACAAACAGCAAUCCGACUCCGGACGAAACUGAGGUCCAGGCGACAUCAAAAUUUGUUCACCGAACACCUGACGGUGACUUCACCGUAGUUCACACCGGGAAAAGCUGCCAGUCCGGCUGCGAAUCCCGUUGUUCAUGUUGCUAUUGUAUCCACGAGUUUUCAUGUUCAUGCUGGUGGGAGCUAGGGAACCAGGUUUGCGACCAUAUCCAUGCCAUCGUUGACUACCUUCAAAGGAGCAACCAUCCCGAUGCACAUGCAGUCGCACCUGUUAGUGAGCCACUUAGUUACAGAUUGCCUCAACAUGCAGAAAAAUUGGAUUUACUGGGAAGCGAAUUAGCUCGAUUGAAAGAAACGCUUCAAGCACCGGAAACAGACGAAUCGUUUAGGAUGUAUAUGGGCCGACUUCGGUCAUUGCAAAACGUCGUCUCGGGACUGAUUUCUGCAGCAGAGGCUGCAGGCUCAGGUGCUUCGAGCGUCGACCGGAACCACCAUGUCGUUCAAAUGGAAAACAGAGCUGAACACUGCUCAGAGAAGGCUAGCGAUGUUCAGUCGUCUAUGCCGUCCGAAGUGGAGGCUGCCACGGGCUCUGGAAUCGUAUCCGAGCUAACAAUGACACACAAUCCUCAAAUGGUGACGGUUGCCCCUCUGUCAAAGGUACACGUGAUCGUGCCCCGUAAUGUCGUCGUGGACACGGUACCUCAGGCACAGAUGGAGCAGUGGGCAGCGAACAUCCGCCUGCACCAAGAACAGUUCAAUGCCGGACAAACAGGAACGGAGUUGGUGCGAGUCGUCCUGAGUAAUGCUGCCAACACGCCAGCCGCGUUGUUGCUUUCAAGUGGCGAACGUGCAAAAUUUGUAGCCAUGGGCAAGCGAGCUUCGGACGUAACGACCACGCGAGUUGUGAAAGUCAUCCGAGCUUCUAGGGAGUGAUUAUUGAAUCGGAUAAACGAAAAUUAUCGUUGGCGGGAAUGGGAAACAAAGCAACAGAAGUUUUCAAAGUGACAUUAGUAUUUAACUCAAACAUUUGUAUUUGUGGGCUAAGAUUUAUUUUAGUGAGUGGACCAAAUACGCUUACCUGCUUUAGAAUAGCUAGCUUGGCUUCAGGACAAUAAAGUAGCAUUGAAAUUUGUGGAAACGGUAUCUCGAGCGCAGUUUUGUAGAAACAUUCUGUACAUAUAAACAACAUGCGUUUCGUAGUAGUUAUUUUCCUAGAGAACCCAGUAAAUCAUCAAAAUGUAUAUAGCAAGAUAAAACAG